UGGAGCAGGAUCUGAGGAGGUACCACACAUCUCUGAUUUCUCAACUCCUUACUAACAGAUCGAUCUUCAGUUGUUUUUGUAUUUCUCCAUUUGGAAAACAUUGAAACAAGGAUCAGACGCCAAAACCCACCCCCUGCAGAUUCAAUUAUUAAAGAAAGAACCCAAAUAUUCACCUCCUCAGACGAUUCUCCUUUUAUUUUUCUCUCUCUCUUGGUCUCCCUCUGCAUUUACAAUCCCAUCGAUCUUUGAUUAACCACACACAAGCUAUCAUUAUCCUUCACAUAUAAUUGGGUAGGUGUUGAUGGAGUUGAAUAGAAGAAACAGAUCAGUGAGUGCGAGCAAAAUCAUAUUUUUAUUCUUCCACCUCCUUUACAUAUCAUUGUUAUUACUAUUGUUCUUAUGCAGCAGCAGCAACACAUCUUGUACUGGUCCAGAUACCACUACCACCCGCAGCUUGUUCCAGACAAAUAAUCUCCAGGUGGCAGUCGCCGGAAGAAGAGGGCUGGGUCAGGGUGGGCCUGGAUCGUCGCCGCCGCGGUGCGCGUCAAAGUGCGGGAAUUGCACGCCGUGCAAGCCGGUUCAUGUGGCGGUGCCGGUGCCGCCGGGAACUCCGGUGACUGCGGACUACUACCCCGAAGCCUGGAGAUGCAAAUGCAGGAACAAGCUGUACAUGCCCUGAAAUACAUGCAUGCGCCGCCGCCGCCGCCGCCAGUGGACAACUAUGAAUUUCCCCUAUGCUAUGCUAUGCUAUUGCUGCUCUAUACUAUACUAUGUACUAUAAAAAGUACUGAUAGCCAAUAGGAUUAAUUAUGUGACAAAAUAUAUAUAUGUGUGUGUCAGCAUUUGGCUAUUAUGUAUGUCGUUAAUUUAGAAUAUAGAUAAUAUUUUUAUCUCUCAUCAG